AUGCGGCACUCAAAUGAAGACGAAGACGAGGACCUCUCAACUUCCGCCGAUGCGCCCUUGAUUGCCCCUACCCAGACUCCCGUCAACACCAACAAACAUGCUCCCGCCAUCACAUUCUCAUCCACCUCCCCAAUCAUCCGCUACCUCACCCUCUCCGCGGGCAUAUCCGGCCUCCUGUUCGGCUUCGACACCGGCGUAAUCUCAUCCACCCUCGUCUCAAUCGGCACAGAUCUCUCUAAUCGCCCACUCACAACACCAGACAAAGCUCUCGUGACGGCCAUCACCUCUCUAUUUGCCCUCCUAUCUGCUCCGACGACAGGCUUCUUCGCCGAUAAAUAUGGCCGACGAUCUGUCAUCUUCGUGCCAGCCGUGCUUUUCAUUGUUGGAGCGGUCGUGCAGGCUUUAGCACAUUAUGUCUGGACGAUGGCAGCUGGGCGAGCUUUAGUCGGAGUAGCGGUUGGUGUAGCAUCGGGUGCUGUGCCGCUGUAUAUCACGGAGCUGGCGCCUGCGGAGUUGAGAGGACGACUAGUGACGGUGCAGGCGUUGUUCAUCACAGGAGGGCAAGUGGUGGCGUACCUGAUUGGCUGGAUCUUUGCGAGUUGGCCGGGUGGGUGGCGAUGGAUGGUGGGUCUAGGAGCGGUGCCGGCGGUGGUGCAGUUGGGCUUGCUUGUGGCUAUGCCGGAGACGCCGAGAUUUUUGGUGCAGAAUGGAGAGGAGAAGAGGGCAAAGGAGGUCUUGACGAAAGUCUUUGCCGGGCUUGAGGGCGAUCAGAUGGAGGAUGCAGUCAGAGGGGUGCUGGAGGCGGUGAGAGCGGAGAUCGAGGCAGAGGGGAUGGCUAAUGGGAAAGGGUCUAUGGCCAAGGCGAAGGAACUGGUGGGCGUUCCUGGCAAUCGGCGAGCCUUGAUCAUCGCCUGUAUGCUACAAGGACUACAGCAACUGUCUGGAUUUAACUCUCUCAUGUACUUCUCCGCCACGAUCUUCGCCCUCGUCGGCUUCACUUCACCAAUCUUCACAUCCCUCUCCAUUGCCAUCACGAACUUCAUCUUCACCCUCGUCGCCUUCACUACAAUCGACACAGUCGGCCGGCGCGCCAUCCUCCUCCGCUCAAUCCCGUUCAUGAUCCUCGGCCUACUCUCCUGCAGCCUUGCUUUCAUGUUCAUCGACACCUCGGAUAUCAAACCCCCUCCUUCAACCGCAAACACUGCUUGGCCAUACGUUCUGCUUGUCAGCCUGGUGCUUUACGUCGCCGCUUACGCUGUGGGAUUGGGCUGCGUGCCAUGGCAGCAGUCCGAACUCUUUCCGUUGCGAGUACGAUCGCUGGGCUCGGGAGUGGCGACGGCAACGAAUUGGAGCAGCAAUUUCGUUAUUGGACUGACGUUCUUGCCGCUAAUGAAGUGGGCGGGACCGAGCGUGACGUUCGUGUUGUAUGCGGCGAUAUGCUGUGCUGGGUGGAUGACCAUUUGGAGGAUAUAUCCAGAGACGGCAGGAUUGGAAUUAGAAGAUAUCGGAGAGCUGUUGAAAAGUGGAUGGGGCGUUGGGAAGAGCGUUGCGGAGUUCAGGAAAAGAAGGAGUAGGUCAAUGGAAGAUGAAAGGAACGAAAGCGAAGAUGGACAGCGAUGA